UUAAUGUGGAAAUUUACAAAAAGUUAAAUAGCUGAUUUUAUACAAUAUCGUUAAUCAUAAUUACCAGAGGGUUGUUCGUAAAAUGAUGAGAUGAAUAUCAUAAAUCAUUAUUGUUGUACUUUGCUUCCAACUUUAUUUAAAUAUGAAAAGAAUUAAAAGUUUACUUUGAUUUCUUAUGCUGCUGUAUUAUUUAAGAGAUAUUACAUGAUAAAAACAAUUUUCGAAUAAUCUGGAAUGCAUUAGAUUUUAUUAUUUUGUAGUUAUUUAGGAAUGAAACUAAACGGAGUAAAAAUUAUAAUUAAUAUGAAAUAUUUAGCUUUCAUAACUAUCAAUAGGAUUUCAAGCAUAAAAACUAAAAAAGAAACCAAAACAUGAAAGAUAUUAACAUUAUGGUGAUGAAUUUUAUGCAAAAAAUGAAAUGUUAAUUGUUUAAGCCUUAGGUUAUGAUAUUGAUAUAAAACCGAUAUACCCAAUAAUACAAUCUGUGAUAUUUAUUUUUCAAAUAAAAGAUUUUAUUGAGUAAUCGUUAUUCAUUCGUUACGAAAAGAAAAUAGAAGAAUAUUUUUUAAAAGCAUUAUAGGGAUUUAUAAUAUUUACUUAUAAGGAGAGUGAAAUUGCACUGGCUAUUGUUGAAUGUAGUUUAUAAUCGAUCUUCUAAGAAAUUUUAUAACCAAACAUAUAGCUAGGAGGAAUUAAACCUUUGAAAUAAUAAUCAAUAGAAAAAAUUAAGAAAUAUUUGUAAGAAAAUAAAUAGAAUGGCACAUUGAUAAUAAAAUAAAUAGAUUAAAGAGAUAUUUAGAUAGAGAAUCAUUGUUAGUAAAUUUAAUAAGUGGUUCAUAUUCUAUUAGAGAUUAAAGACAUUUCAAAAGAAUUUGAGAAGAAUUAUGAGAGAUAUAAAUAAAUAAAGUAGAAAGUAUUUUCACUUCCAAUGAGUUUAGAAUUUAUGGAUGUGAAAAAAUAAGUAGCUAUUAAUUGA